CCGGCGCCCCCCCUGGCGUGCCGCGGGGCAGCGGCCGUGGCCUCGAGGCGGAGAUUUCUGCCGCGCGACGUCGUCGUCGUCGGCGCCGCGCGCACGGCCAUCGGCGCCUUCUGCGGCGGCCUGGCGGCGCUGCCGGCCACGCGGCUUGGCGCGGCGGCGAUGGCCGCCGCGCUGCGCAAGGCCAAGGUGGCCCCCGAGGAGGUCGACGCGGUGGUCUUUGGCCACGCGCUGCCCGCCGGCUGCGGGCUGCACGCGGUGCGCCAGGCCGCCCUCCUGGCGGAGAUACCCCCAGCGGUGGACUGCACCGGCGUGAAUAAGGCGUGCGCCUCGGGGCUCAAGGCCGUGGCCCUGGCGGCGCAGGCCAUCGCGCUGGGGCAGGCGGAGGUCGUGGUCGCCGGCGGCAUGGAGAGCAUGUCCAGGGCGCCCUACCUGCUGCAGCAGGCGAGGGCUGGCGGCUACCACUACGGCCAUGGCAGGCUCGAGGACUCCGCGCUGCUGGACGGGCUCACGGACGCCGGCAGCCAGAACCACCUCGGCGCCUGCGUGGAGAGGACGCUCUGCCCCGCCGCGACCAGGCAUCGACCCGCAAUCGCCUAUCAUCGCC